AUGCUCGCACGCCGGCCGUGCUUCAAGCGCCAUGCUGCAUGGCGUGCGUUGCCGCCCACGUGGCCUUUCCAUGACCGUUUCCACGCGCCUUCCAGUUCAUCGGUGCAUGGCUCUUCCUCUCUCUUAUUGUCAAAAGCGCUCCGCGACCGUGUGAAGCGGUCGCCACUCGCUCCUACCUACGAUCCUACAGUUGUAGAGCAAGGAUGGCAAACCUACUGGCACACAGCUGAUGCUGCUAAAAACCGACAGUUAGAGAGCAUGGCUACAUCCGACAAAACGUUCUGCAUGCUGUUGCCACCGCCAAACGUCACGGGCGCGCUGCACCUUGGCCACGCACUGACGGUAACGAUCCAAGACGUGCUGGCACGAUGGCACUGGAUGCGGGGCUUCCACGUCCGCUGGCUGCCAGGACUGGACCACGCUGGGAUCGCCACUCAAAGCGUCGUCGAGAGGAAACUGCUCAAGGAAAAGGGGCUUUCACGUACUAAAUUGGGGCGAGAGACGUUUGUAGAGCAGAUAUGGCACUGGAAAGAGCAAUAUGGCGGUCGCAUUAUGGAGCAAAUGGACGAAUUAGGAGCUAUUGUGGACAAAAGCGAGCUCUACUUUACACUUGACGAGCAAUGCUCUUCAGCUGUAAAACACGCGUUCGUGACGUUGUACGACAAGGGACUGAUCUACCGCCGACGGCGAAUGGUCAAUUGGUGUCCGACAUUACAGACGGCAAUUUCCGAUAUUGAAGUGGACGUGGAGCACGUGGACAAGGCAACGAGCAAGAUGCUGCCUGGACGAAAGACAGCGGUCGAGUUUGGAGUGAUGCAUCGCAUUCGGUAUCAGGUUGCAGACUCAGAUGAGUACGUGGAGGUGGAUACGACGCGACCCGAGACGAUAUUUGGUGAUGUUGCAGUGGCAGUUCAUCCAGAUGAUACGAGGUAUCAAGCGUUGCAUGGUAAAUACGUGAUUCACCCGUUCUCGAAGGAACGGAUUCCGAUCGUCACGGACGAUGUGCUGGUUGAUAUGGAGCUUGGUACCGGUGUCGUGAAAGUUACACCGGCACAUGAUCUGAAGGACUUUGAGUGUGGUCGUCGUCACGGUCUACCCGAAGUGGAGGUGAUGGACAAACACGGAAAGAUGUGCGGUAACAUUGACCAGCGCUUUGUUGGCAUGGAUCGGUUUGAUGCUCGGCAACGUGUUGUCGAAGCGUUGCUGGAAAUGGAUUUAUACGUGGACAAGCUCGAUCACCCGACAACGCUCUCGACUUGUUCACGCUCAGGGGAUAUCAUCGAACCACUGCUCAUGCCGCAGUGGUAUGUCAAAUGUGGCGCGAUGGCUCAGCGGGCGGCUGACAACGUUCGCAAUGGUGUGAUGACCAUCGAGCCAAAAUCACACGCGCACACGUGGUUUUACUUCCUGGACAAUAUCCAAGACUGGUGUGUCAGCCGCCAGCUCUGGUGGGGUCACCGCAUCCCGGCGUAUCGUUUGAAAUCUGGGGUCAUUGGUACGUCUCAUGCGAGCGACAAUUGGUUCGUCGCAGCAUCCAUUGGGGAGGCUCGGCAGAAGGCUGAGGCGGAACUGGGAUGCAAGCUGCAGGAUGACGACCUGGAACAAGACGUGGAUGUGCUUGAUACUUGGUUUAGUUCGGGUUUACUUCCUCUCUCCGUAUUUGGAUGGAGUAAAGCUGGCAACGACGACGCCACCUCGAUGGAUCUAAGCUCGAGCUACCCGUUAGACGUCAUGGAGACUGGAUCUGACAUUCUUUUCUUUUGGGUAGCGCGUAUGGCGAUGCUAUGCGAAGAGCUCUCAGGUCGUGUACCGUUCACAAAAGUGCUGUUGCACCCGAUGGUGCGUGACAAGGCUGGUCGGAAGAUGUCGAAGAGUGUAGGCAACGUUAUUGACCCGCUGCAUGUAAUCAAAGGUAUCAGCCUCGACCAGCUACGCACGGACUUGCAGAGUGGCAAUGUCGGACCGCGCGAGCUGAAGAAAGCGGAGAAGGAGUUGGUAAAGGAGUUCCCCCAAGGUAUUCCUAGUUGUGGCGCCGACGCACUGCGUUUCGCGUUAGCCUCAUACCUUCAGCAAGGUCGACAGAUCAAUAUGGAUGUGCAGCGGGUUGUGUCGUAUCGGCACUUUUGCAACAAGGUGUGGAAUGCUGUUCGCUACGCUCUACCUUUGCUAGAAGCAGCAGACAGUGCCAACACACAUGCGUCCGCAGCGAUGGAUCUUUGUCACUUGCGUAAUGACAUGACCUUAGCUGACCGUUGGAUUCUGAGUCGACUGGCCGCCGUCGUGUCGGAGGUAAAUGGAGGAAUUGCGGGAAACCAGCUGGCAACGAGCGUCGCUGCUAUCCAGAGAUUUUUCGUGCAGGAGUUGUGCGACGUCUACAUCGAGUUCAGCAAGUCAGUGCUAUACGGCAACCGCGUCGACAAGGACAUCACUUCCGUACAUCGUCAACGUGCUCAACGGCGCAGUGCUCAGGCAACGCUGCAUCGAUGCAUUGACUACUCGAUGCGUCUACUGCACCCUUUUACACCCUUCCUUACGGAAGAGCUAUGGCAAUGCAUCCGAGAUGUCGACCCACUCAACGCAUCGAUGCGCACGCAGAAUCUUGAGACCUCAAUAUUGAGCUCGGAGUACCCGGAAGAGUCCCACAUGCAAACAUGGAUUGAUGCAGAUGCUGAAAAGCGCAUGACGCUUGUGAUCGACGUGAUCCAUGGUAUUCGCUCGCUCCGUCACUCCGUGAAAGUGUUGGCUCCAAGUACGCCAUCUGCAAAUGACAGUGACCGUCUUGCUGUUGUUAUCGUGUGUGUCGACGCAGCUAUGCACUCCGAGCUCAAGGAUGCCCAGCGUGAUAUCGAGACACAAUGUCGCGUUCGUGUCGACAUUUCUGUGGAUGGUGACGAUACUGUUUUCGUAAUGCCGUCCCCACACGUGCUCACACACUCGGUAUCGGACUCUUGCCGAGUGAUGGUGGCAAUUCCCAACGAUGCCGAAACGACGCAGCGCGUGGACCGUGAAAUUGCACGCUUAGUGAAGCGGGCCGACAAGAGUGCUGCUGCUGCUGAAGCCCUCAUGCAGCGUCAACAAGGACUGCACUACGCUGCCAAGGUGCCCGAGGCUGUGCAAGUGCAAGAUGCGCAACGCCUCAUAAAGUUGCAGACCGAUUUGCACGCGACGCAAAAGAGUUUGACUGCGCUGCGUGAUCUUCAGCAUCUGUACUGA